AUGGAUGCGCCGGGACCCAGAGACGCCAGAGCUGGCCAGGAACGCCUCCUGAGAUACCUCCUCAAAUACCUCCUCAAAUGCCUCCUCAAAUGCCUCCGGAAAUACCUCACAUACCUCCUCACAUACCUCCUUACAUACCUCCUCAAAUGCUUCCUCAAAUGCCUCCGGAAAUAUGUGAACGGCUUCCGGUCUGCCUCGGAAACUCCGAUUGUCACAAAGUAUGCACCAAGUGCGAUCAACCAAGACCUAGAGAAAGCUUUACGUCUCUGCGUCUUGGUGGCAAGGAGACGAAGGAGUGUAUUAAGUGCCGUGAAAAACAGCGAAAGCCUCCAAUACCUCCGGCGGAAAACUCCGAUGAUCACAAAAUAUGCGCCAAGUGCCGUCAAUCAAGACCUAGAGAAAGCUUUACACCUGUGCGUCGUGGUGAAAAGGAGACGAAGCAGUGUAUUAAGUGCCGUAAAAGAAAACAAAGGCCUCCAACACCUCCGGAAAUGCGUCCCCAAAUACCUCCUCGAAUACGUCCGGAAAUACCUCCUCAAAUACCUUCUGGAAUAUCUCUUGAAAUAG